CAUGACCCGGAAGAGGGCGGUCCUCACUCGCGGUCAGGUGACUUGUGUAUAAGAGGAAGGAUCCGCGGUGAUCUGUCAUUGUUGUGUCGCCGGUAACGGAGGGGCGGUGCUUUACGGCGAACGACAUCGAGCUUUUGCUGCACUCUCCAGGCCUUCCUGUCACCGGAUUCUUCUCUCCCUAGCCUGCCGCCGUACCUAGCUGCAAUCAUGGCCCUGAGCGAUGCUGACGUGCAGAAGCAGAUCAAGCACAUGAUGGCUUUCAUUGAACAGGAAGCUAAUGAGAAGGCUGAAGAAAUCGAUGCCAAGGCAGAAGAGGAAUUCAAUAUCGAGAAGGGCCGUCUGGUGCAGACGCAGAGGUUGAAGAUCAUGGAGUAUUACGAGAAGAAAGAAAAGCAGAUCGAGCAGCAAAAGAAAAUUCAGAUGUCCAACUUGUUGAAUCAGGCCAGGCUGAAGGUGCUGAAAGCCCGGGACGAUCUGAUCAGUGAUUUACUGACCGAGGCCAAGCAGAGGCUGGCUCGCGUGGUGAAGGACACCGCUCGUUAUCAAGCCUUAUUGGAUGGCCUCGUUCUUCAGGGCUUAUAUCAGCUCCUAGACGCAAGGGUGGUCAUUCGCUGUCGUAAGCAGGACCUCCCUCUGGUGAAGGCUUCUGUGCAGAAGAGCAUUCCGAUUUACAAAGAGGCCACUAAAAUGAACGUGGAGGUGGGCAUUGACCAGGAGACCUAUCUGGCCCCCGAAGUCUCUGGAGGUAUUGAAAUCUAUAACGUUGACGGAAAGAUCAAGGUGUCCAACACGCUGGAGAGCAGACUGGACCUGAUUGCUCAGCAGAUGAUGCCAGACAUCCGAGUAGCUUUGUUUGGGGUCAACGCCAACCGCAAGUUCAUGGACUAGGACUGAUCGAGAUUACAUGGUGCGGUGAGUCCUAGUGCCUGGCCUGAAUGUAUGCGAGUAUAAGUGGCUGCACGCUCCCCGCUCACUGUUGGGUAGAUACCUCCACCGACCACCAAAACCAAAACCACCACCUCCCCGCUGGCUGGAGCUCCCAUCCUCGUUAAAAAUAUUCUCUCCACGUGCCGCUCUAGUGAACCCCCCCGUGUCCGCCUUCUUUCCCGUGUCCAAUGUGAUGUUGUUUUUAUUUAUUGCAAUAAAGUUGCGUGGACCUCU